UCRUUUCAUACUGAGUUCCGACUGUUUCCAUAUAGUUUCUGUUCCAACUUCUUCGUACCUCGUCUUCUUACUUAUUUCUUCACGAUACUUUCCAUCAAUAAUUCCCGGAAAACUCGGUGUUCAUCACCGAACUGUUCUUGUUGUCAAUUAAUUGUGAAACCGGAUACUGUUUCUAGCACUUCCGGUUUAUUUCCACGACGAUGGCAGACAGUGCCAGCGAGAGUGAUUCGUCGUCCAUCGACGGCGGACCCAUCAUGAUGCCUCCGUCGCCGAUCACAAGGGAACAAAUGCAAAAACGAAUCGAUUCCUUGCAGCAACAAAAUCGUGUACUCAAGGUAGAGUUAGAAACCUACAAGUUAAAAAUGAAAGCAAUGGAUGAAGAAUGCAAACGACUGCGCGAGACAUCAGUUUAUAUUCAAGUAAGAGCAGAACAAGAAGAAGAGUUUAUCAGUAAUACUCUUCUAAAAAAAAUUCAAGCUUUAAAAAAAGAAAAAGAAACCUUAGCCCAUCAUUACGAACAAGAAGAAGAAUGUUUGACAAAUGAUCUGUCACGAAAAUUAACUCAGUUACGACAAGAAAAAUGUAAAUUAGAACAGACUCUAGAACAGGAACAAGAAUGUUUAGUUAAUCGCCUUAUGCGUAAAAUUGAAAAACUAGAAGCAGAAACUCUUACAAAGCAGACAACGUUAGAGCAAUUACGACGUGAAAAAGUUGACUUAGAAAAUACAUUGGAACAAGAACAAGAAGCUUUGGUAAAUAAACUGUGGAAACGUAUGGAUAAAUUAGAAGCCGAAAAAAGACAAUUACAAAUAAAAUUGGAUCAGCCUGUUUCUGAUCCAGUAUUACCUAGAGAUCAAGUAGGUCCCAACAAAGGUGAAAUGGCUACAAAUAUAAGUGCUCAUUUACAACAUUUGCGUGGAGAAGUUACCAGAUUGCGACACCAACUUGAUGUUUCUAAAAAAGAAAAUUCCAAGAAAAUGGAAAAAAUGGCAAAAGAAGAGCGCCAAGUACGUGAAGACAAUUUACGAUUACAAAGAAAGUUACAACUGGAAGUCGAAAGACGUACAGCUUUAUGUCGUCAUUUAUCCGAAUCUGAAAGUAGCUUAGAAAUGGAAGAAGAACGUCAGUACAAUGAAAUGGCUUCAAAUCGAUGCCGAACAUCAUCGAGUCCACUUCCAUUUCCUCCUUCUCCUAGCCAAUCAAGGCCCCUUAGUCCUGGAUCCACUGCUGGAACACCAGGAGUGUUUCGUGGCGAAAUUGGUGUAUUGGGCUAUGCCAAUAUGAAUCGAUGUUAUGUUUGUGGCCAAACUGUACCAUCGAAUCUCGUCAUAGGAGCACCGACAACACCUUUGUGUCCCACUACUCAAGUGAUUAACCAAUCUCGAACCUUAUCAUUGGGGCGUCCAGUCAGUGAACGUUUUGUUAAGCCAAUAGUGCCACUAUCAUCUAAUAUAGUUAAUAGUGGUGGUAUACCAACCGGAUCACAUAUUCCCUUGCCCAAUCCACCGUCACCGUCAACUUUACCUGAAACCCUGAUGGAUUCAGCCAAGUACUAA